CAGCUUUGGUGGUAUCCAGCUCGGUAUCGCCCCUCGACCUCACCGCGACAAAGAUGUGAAUUAAUGAACGUACAGCAGCAACACCCAAGUAGCAAAUGGCAUGAGCUGGAGGUACAGUCUGUGGCGUAGGGUUCAAGUUCAAUUGUAGGGCCGCACGGCACCGUGAUGAGCAGUCUUUCCUCCGCCAAGCCCGGUCCGUCGCGAAGUUGGAGCUCGACUUCAAGUUGAACUUCUGCCCGAAGUUCAAUUGCAGUGUUUGCGGGCUCUACUUCAGUUACUUGUUUUCCUUAAACCAUUUAUCCUCGUCAGUCCAACUCGUCGCUGCUGCCAUUUCCUCCUCCUCCUCCUCGCAACCAUGGCGCGCGCAAGAAUAUUACGGGCUUCAAGACAAGCUGCCGGAGCAGCAGCAUUUCUAGUUCUCGGAGGAGCUGCGGCCACACAAGCACCUCGACACCUGGACACCCAGUUUUUCCGCAUGCGAACUGCGUUUGCAGAGGCACCCUCGAAAGACACACUCCCUGAUAAGAAACCCAUAUACUCCUCGGAGCCCGAAAUUGUCACGCCGAUUCCCGAGCAACCAUCCACACCAUCACCAAUCUCGAAACCGUCACACCACCCGCGCUCUCCGACCCCAACCGACCGAUUGACCGAACAAGUGAAAAGAGCCCGCCUGUUUCUGUACGAAAAGUCGCUCGCCGCAGAGAACGGCGUCAAUGAAUUCUUGACCUGGGCAUUCCAGAAAGAAACAAAUUUCACCAGCACGAUUGCCUCGUUAGCGCCCGCGCCCGAGACCGGCGAACAACUACUGCCGGGAGCGAUUUAUGUUUUGGUGGCCACGAUGGCCGGGUCGAUUGUGACUCGGAACCGGGGGAUUGUGUUGCGAGCCACGUUCCCGCUGGCCGUCGGCAUUACCGCUGGGUGGUUGUUGAUCCCUGUCACGAUGCGCAACACGUUCAAUCUGAUCUGGGAAUAUGAGAAGAGAGUCCCUGCCAUCCGAGACACGCACGAGCGAAUCAGUGGUCUGGUGCAGGAUGUUUGGAGACAGGCCAGAGUGCAUGCCCAGGUGGCUACGGAGUGGGCGGAUGAGACUGCGACGGAGACGCGGAAAAAGGUCGAAGAUUUGGUCUCAAAGGGGAAAUAAACAGCUCUGGCAAGAAGGACAGAGUUGUUUCGUUUGCUCUUUUCCCGGACAGGCUGCGUGUAUGGACUGGCAAAGCUUGCGAUUACCUGUUUGUACAGAAAAGAAGAAAUGGCAUUUAUAUUCUAAUCAGAGCUCCCGAACUGAUCCGCCUGAUUUUGCUCCGGCGAUGCUACCCGCGGCUAUGGCACUACCGUGCAGACAUACCCUGGUGUAAGAGUUCCCUUUGAGCGGCCAAGAGCCUCGAGUGCCAAACAUUAUGGCGAGGCUGAGGCUCCUAGUUGUGAGGCUCCCCGUAUGUGCUUAGUCAUCCGUUUCGGGCAAUGUGUACCUACUAGGUAGAUAUGAUCAACUACUAGUAUGUUGGCGAGGCUGAAUCGCCAUUUAACAUUAAUCAGAAG